AUGGCUAAAUUGGCCCCGGGUGUGGGAAGAUUCAAGCCAAAAGCCUUCUCAGUGUCCGCAUGUAAAAGGGAGCUGGUUCCUUUUGGCUACCAUCUUUUGGUUACCUCCCAUAAUCUACAGGACACAGGAGGUGCUGCAGGACUCCUGGGCAGGAAAAUGAAGAGGGUCCUGAUUUUCCUCCUUGCUGUAGCAUUUGGACAUGCUCUAGAGAGAGGCCGGGACUAUGAAAAGGAUAAAGUCUGCAAGGAACUCACCGAUCUGGGAAAGGAUGACUUCAAAUCUUUAUCACUAGUCCUAUACAGCAGAAAGUUUCCCAGUGGCACAUUUGAACAGGUCAGUCAGCUUGUGAAGGAAGUUGUCUCCUUGACCGAAGCCUGCUGUGCCAAAGGGGCUGACCCUGCCUGCUAUGACACCAGGACCUCUGCACUGUCGGCCAAGUCCUGUGAAAGAGACUCUCCAUUCCCAGUGCACCCAGGAACAGCGGAGUGCUGUACCGAAGAGGGCCUCGAACGGAAACUCUGUAUGGCUGCCCUAAAACACCAGCCACAGGAAUUUCCUACCUAUGUGGAGCCAACAAAUGAGGAAAUCUGUGAGGGAUUCAGGACAGAUCCACAGGGAUUUGCUGACCAUUUUUUGUAUGAAUAUUCCAGUAAUUAUGGACAAGCUCCUCUGCCACUUUUGGUCAGUUACACCAAGAGUUAUCUCUCUAUGGUAGGGUCCUGCUGUACUUCUGCAAACCCAACCGUAUGCUUUCUGAAAGAGAGACUCCAGAUUAAACACUUAUCGCUUCUCACUACCAUGUCAAAUAAAGUCUGCUCACAAUAUUCUGCUUAUGGGAAGGAGAAAUCAAGGCUCAGCCAUCUCAUAAAAUUAGCCCAGAAAGUACCUACUGCUGAUCUGGAGGAUGUUUUGCCACUAGCUGAAGAUGUUACUAAAAUCCUCUCCAAAUGCUGUGAGUCUGCCUCCGAGGAUUGCAUGGCCAAGGAGCUGCCUGAACACACAGUAAAAAUCUGUGACAACUUAUCCAAGAAAAAUUCUAAGUUUGAAGACUGUUGUCAAGAAAAAACACCCAUGGAUAUUUUUCUGUGCACUUACUCCAUGCCAGCUGCCCAACCACCUGAGUUGCCAGAUGUCGAGUUGCCCACAAAUAAAGACGGGUGUGAUCAAAAAAACACCAAAGCCAUGGAUCAGUAUAUAUUUGAACUAAGUAGGAGGACUCACAUUCCAGAAGUAUUCCUCAGUAAAGUACUUGAACCAACCCUGAAAAGCCUUGGUGAUUGCUGUGACUCUGAAGACUCUACUGCUUGUUUCAAUGAUAAGGGUCCUCUACUGAAGAAGGAACUAUCUUCUUUCAUUGCCAAGGGACAAGAACUAUGUGCAGAUUAUUCAGAAAACACAUUUACUGAAUACAAGAAAAAACUGGCAGAGCGACUAAGAGCAAAAUUGCCUGACGCCACACCCACUGACCUGGCAGCGCUGGUUGACAAACGCUCAGACUUCGCCUCCAAGUGCUGCUCCACAAAUUCACCUCCUCUUUACUGUGGCUCACAGAUCGAUGCUGAAAUGAAAAAUAUCCUGUAG